AUGAAAAUUGAGUCGGUCUCAGUUGGGUCGAGUAAGUCUCAGGGAGACUUGCAGACCCCAGCAACCAGCGCAAGCAGCAUACCUCGCCUCUUCGGACGAAAGUGUUCGACAUGGGACCGAGAGGAAAUCAGAGAAAUACUUGACUAUUUCCAGGUCGAACAUUGGCGAAAAAAGAGGAAGACUACGCUCUUUGACCUUAUGUGCCACAGGGUCGUGCAAGAUCGAGGGGUUGAUGAAUCUGCCAUUCCUGCAAUAAGGCUUUUGAGAUUCAUACGUGAUGAUGACGGUGCAACCACGCAGCCACUCAUAGGUGCAAAGCCCCGAGGAGGUGUCGAAAGCGAAUCCGAGAAUGGGGGCAGCAGUGGCACAGGAAAUUCUCAAAACUCGUUGAAGCGAAAACGCGACGAUAUGGACGCUCCACGAAUCACGAAUCUCACGGACUAUUGGCCAGGACUGCCAGUCCAGAAUUGUGUGGUCUGUAGUACGGAGUUGCUUCGUACCGUGAACACGCCCUGGCGCCGUAUAACAUCAGGUUGUGCCCAUCGAAGCACGAUUUGCCUCGCUUGUUUGCAGCAACAUGUCGAGAAUCAGCUUGAAAUGAACGCGGUGAACACAAUACCCUGUCCUAUGUGUCAUGCAACAUUGAGUCCUGCUGACAUCCAAGCCUGGAGCAAUCCGGAGUUUUUCGAUCGAUACGGGCGCAUUUCCGUCCAGCAGGCAAUGCAUGAAGGCCUCAAUUUCCGCUGGUGCGCCGCACCUGAUUGCCAGAAUGGUUUCCUUUGCGAUCCAGAAAGCGAAUCCUAUGCGACCUGUGAUGCAUGUGGACGCAUGACGUGCCUCAACUGUGACGUAGACUACCACGGAGGCAUUUCAUGCAAAGACUUUCAAGAUCAGAGAACAAAGGCCGAAGAAGAAGUCCGCUUGAAGCAAGAACAGGACCAGCAAUCCAUGGCAGAGGUAACUCGGAUUUCUGUCAGAUGUCCUGGAAAUGGAUGUGGAACCCCUAUCGAAAAGGCCGAUGGAUGUGACCACAUGACCUGCCAAGUCCUCUGA